UACGCAAUCCGAUGAUUUGCUUCGGACACGUAUAGCAGCACUGAGCCAUUUGGUGCAGGGUCACCACCAAAUUCGCGGCGAUUUCUCACCCAUCCGGAGGGAGAGAGAAGAGAGGGGAGAGAGAAUCAAUGGCGGAUGCAGUUGCCUCCGUUCUUGUUCAGCUGAUCUUUGAAAGGGUCUCUUCCUCCAUCUCACAAUCCGUUGGAUUAAUGAAGAGCGUUGAGAAAGAGCUGAUAAAGCUCUCGACCACGCUCUCCAGCAUUCAAGCAGUAUUGAAAGAUGCAGAAGAGAGGCAGACCAAAGAAGAAGCUGUGAGGAUUUGGCUGACAAAGCUCAAAGACAUAGCGUAUGAUGCUGAAGACCUCCUCGACGAGUUCAUAUUCAAAGCCAAACGAUCCAAUCCCGACGGAGAUACCCAGGUUUGCAAAUUCCUGUCCUGUUUUUCCUCCACGGAUGUUGUUUUCCGAUAUAAGAUGGGGUAUAGGAUAAUGGAGAUUAGGGAGAGAUUAGAUGAGAUUUCUAGAGAUUGUGAUGUUUUUAGGUUGAGAGCAGGGGAUGGAGAUGGGUUUGUCAGGAUUCGAGAUGGGCAGCGGACUACUAGCUCUUUGAUGAAUGGGGCAGAUGUUUUUGGUAGAGAAGACGAUAGGCAGAAGAUGUUUGAUUUGUUGGUGUUCGAUGAAUGUAGCGGCAGGGAUGGUAUUUCUGUUGUUUGUAUUGUAGGUAUGGCGGGUAUUGGGAAAACCAGCCUUGUGAGGCUGUUGUACAAUGAUGAGAGGGUGAAGGAGCAUUUCGAGCUGAGGAUGUGGGUCUGCGUGUCGGAGGAUUUUGAUGUGAGGAGGGUGACAAGGGCGAUUGUAGAAUCAGCUGCUGAGAAGAGUCCAGAGGCCACAGAGCUCGAUCCACUACAGCGCUCUCUUGAGAAGAUUUUGUAUGGGAGAAGAUUCUUACUGGUGUUAGACGAUGUGUGGAGCGAGAGCAGUGCUGAUUGGGACAUGCUACGGGCCCCUUUUCGUGCUGGGGCCUGGGGAAGUAAAAUCAUCGUAACUACUCGAAGCGAGAGAGUCUCAUCAAUCAUGGGCACCGUCCCUUCUUACCAUUUGGACACUUUGUCUGAUGAUGAUUGUUGGUUGUUGUUUAGGCAAUGUGUGCUUGCAGAGGGGAGUUUGGAUGUGCCUGAAAAUCUGGAAGCAAUUGGUAAGGAAAUAGUGAAAAAGUGCAGAGGUUUGCCUUUGGCAGUGAAGACACUCGCAGGUCUCUUGCGUUGCAAAGUCGAUGAAAAUGAGUGGAAUAUUGUGUUGAAUAGCGAAAUAUGGGAUUUACCCGCGUACAGUAACGACAUCUUGCCAGCUCUAAGUCUUAGCUAUCAUCAUCUCCCUGCCUAUCUGAAACCAUGCUUUGCAUAUUGCUCUAUUUUUCCAAAAGAUUAUGACUUCGGAAAGGAUAAACUGGUACAGUUAUGGAUGGCAGAAGGAUUCCUUCUGACUCAAGGGAGGAAACAAAUGGAAGAUAUAGGCGGUUGGUAUUUCGAUGAUUUGUUGUCAAGGUCCUUCUUUCAGUACUCUCAUAACAAUUGGGAAGACCAGUCCGUAUACAAGAUGCACGACCUCAUUCAUGAUCUAGCACAGUCUAUUUCGGGUGACGAGUGUUUUAGAAUGGAGGAUCAGGGACCGUUUAAUAUCUCUGAAAGGGCCCGCCAUUCGUCAUUGCUUUGUGAUGUUAACAAGCCAUUUAACUUUGAUGCUUUUUAUAAAUCUAAAGGCCUGCGCACAUUAUUGUUUCUUGUUGUGGGGGGAUAUCUCCCUCACACUAUUAACUUGCAAGUCACAAUCCCUCGCGAUAUGUUCACGAAGUUAAGAUGCCUGCGGGUGUUAGAUUUGAGCAACAGUAACAUUGUGGAGUUGCCCAAUUCUAUUGGUAGUUUGAAACAUCUGCGCUACCUCAAUCUCUCUCGGGGUCGUUUCAAAAGGUUGCCUGAAUCAAUUGGCCACCUUUACAAUUUACAGACCUUGGAACUCAUGAACUGCUCUGAGCUCUAUGAGUUACCCAAAGGCAUUGUGAAACUCAUGAAGCUACGCCAUCUUGGUAUGCAUACAAGAAUGAUGAACUCUAGCCCUCGAUUGGUAUCCAUGCCACCGGGAAUUGGGAAACUAGCCGAUCUUCGAACACUGUCCUUAUUUGUUGUGGGCAAGGAGAGUGGAAGUGGGAUACGAGAGUUAAAGAACAUGAUGAAUCUUAGAGGUUCCAUUUGUAUUUCAAAACUCGAGAAUGCAAGCACCGCCAAGGAGGCUGAUUUGAAGAGUAAGCAACACCUUCAUGAGUUGGAGUUGCAAUGGAGUCUGGACUACCUUGUUGAUGACGUGCAAGCCGAGGAGGUACUAGAAGGCCUCCAACCGCACAUCAACCUCAAAAUGCUUAGCAUAUUUCAGUAUGAGGGGACUAAAUUUCCGAGUUGGGUGGGGAAUCCUUCAUUUUCCAAACUCCAAACAAUUAACAUCUUCAAUUCUACAAAGUGUGAAUGCCUCCCUCCUCUUGGGCAGCUAGUUGUUCUUAAGGAUCUGUACAUACGUGGAAUGCAUGCGGUUAAAAAGGUGGGUGUGGAGUUUUGUGGUGCUGGCAAUGUGAGCAUGUUUCCUUCACUAGAAACACUAGAGCUUAUGGACAUGCCUAAUUUGGAUGAGUGGACCGGCGUGGAGGAACGUGACUUCCCUUGCCUCCAAGAACUUGACGUUAUAGAUUGCCCCAAGUUGAAAGCAUUCCCUUAUCUCCCUCCUACCCUAAGAAAUUUGUCAAUUUCAAAUUGUGAGGGAUUAACUGCUCUUCCCAGGCUCCCUUCUCUUUCUAGUUUGGAAUUGAAUGGAUGUGAUGAAGCAAUAUUUAGGGAAUUGUCGUUCCUUACCUCUCUUUCUUCCUUGAGUAUUUCCGGGUUUCAAAAUCUAAAGUCCUUGCCCAGUGGGUUAUUACAGUCCCUAAUUACUCUCAAGAAGUUGUACAUUGCCAAUUUCCAUGAGCUCAUGACACUCCAAGAGGCCGAUUUGAAAGGCCUCACUUCUCUCGAAAGUUUGGUAAUUUCUCAUUGUCCCCAACUCACAAGCUUGCCAAAUGAAGGGCUGCCAGCCACACUUAAAUCUAUUCAUUUCAAUCAGCUUGAUAAUCUCAAGACCCUGCCCAAGAAGCUGCAAAACCUUGUUUCUCUCCAAAAAUUCGAAAUUUGGCAUUGUACACAACUCCAGUCUUUGCCAGAGGAGGGUCUGCCGAUGGCGCUUCAAAAUUUUCAUGUUCUCGACUGUCCCUUACUGAAGGAACGGUGCCAGAGGGAGGCAGGUGAAGAUUGGACGAAGAUAGAACACAUCCCGUACAUAGAAAUUGAUGGGCUAUGGAUUUCUCCAAGUUGAAGAACAUGUUUUUGGCGUUUUCCGAGAAGUGGAGGCUUAUUUCAUAUGAGUGUAGGGAUAAUAAUACAUGUGAACAUUCACAUGCUUCGUAUCAGCAGCUGCUACGGCUUAUCGAAGAAGUGGGGUUGUUUGCCACUUCCAUCGGUUGCGAGGGACAUCACCUUAUUGCAUAAUUAUUGAUCUCAACCAUUAAUUGUAAUUACAUUUUACUGAAGAACUUAUUCUAGAUGAACGGACUAGUUGUUUCAUGUGGUUUGCAAAAUCCUAUGUUGCAAUGAGUUGUGGGAAGACGUGCAGCUCAUUAGCAGAACCGUCGAUACAUCGAGGAUGACAAAUCGUGGCACCUCAGCAGUCUUUGUGCUUUUCUUUUUUUUUUCUUUUUCUUUUUUUUUUGCGUAAGGUAAUUUCCUUUAUAUGAUAUUUGAAAUGAUUGAUUUAUUUAUAUCUUGCAGUUAUCUGAGAAGAAUUACAGGGUCAUAAACGUUCCUCACAAUUAGGGUUGGCAAUGGGCUGUCCAGCCCAGCCCAGACUGGACAGUGGAAGCCCGGCCUUAUAGGGCCAAGGCCUAGGCCCCUAAACUUGGCAUGUGAGCCUGGACUUCGGCCAAUGAUAAAUGGCCUAGACUCGGACAAUGUGUCGUCCUAGUCAUUAUGUGGGCCACUGUUAUUGACAGCUUAACAUUUGAUAAUAGUUCUCAGUGAAUGAGUUGGACCUGUUCUUUGAUUUUUGGCUAAAUUACAUCUGUUGCUUGUUUUCUUUCGUUGGGUUCCUUUUCAGUGAACAAGUCUGGGAAGUCAAAGAUGUCAGUUGCUGUUGGUUCGGAAUGAAAAGAGUUGAUAUGAUAUUUAUAGCUGAUACAUGUGCUUAGGCAGUGAGGUUGUGUAUGGAGACACUACUGGAUCAUAUUCUGAUAAUUAGUUCAAUAGAGAAGAAAUGAUGAAUUUGUUGUUACACCAAUAUCAUUUGAAAAUGACAUAAUUGAAAUUUAGGGCUUGAUUAUUUAUUCAUGAGUACCUAAUAGCUUUGCAA